ACGGAACCGUUGUCUCCGCAUUUGUUCAAUUUGGAAGCUGAAAGAUGGCGGCCGCUACGAACGAGGCUUUCUCCAGUAUUUACAUCCGGUAAACUCAAGGAAAUGUUUCCGCUCAUAUUAGAAUGUUCAGAGCACCUGGAACACUAUCUGGAAACAGUCGUACAGACGGGAGAUCCUGUGGAAUGCCGUGAAUUGUUGGCAAAAUAUGCGACGGAUGUGAUCGGUAGUUGUGCUUUUGGAAUUGAAACAAAUGCUUUAUCAGACACGGAGAGCGAAUUUCGUCGAGUGGGCAGAAAUGUGUUCAAAACUAACUUUAGUCAACUAUUACGGUUCCGCCUUAGACAAGCGAUGCCGUGGCUUUACAGGUUGCUGGGCUAUAUACUUCCAGAGUCCGAAAUAACGAAAUUUUUCACCAAAGUCAUCUCGGACACGCUACAUUACAGAAGUGAAAAUAAUAUUGUUAGACCAGACUUUGUUAAUAUGCUCCUUGAGCUUAAGAAGCACCCAGACAAAUUGCAAAACAUAAAGCUAACGGACACUUUAUUGACUGCUCAAGCUUUUGUUUUUUUCGUUGCUGGCUUCGAAACUUCUUCCUCAGCGAUGAGCAAUGCUCUGUAUGAGCUAGCUCAGAAUCAUGAAAUACAAGAUAAACUUCGAGAAGAAAUUCGCCAACAUUGCAAUAAAAAUAAAGGAAAAUUAAAAUACGAAGAGGUUAAAAAGAUGACAUAUUUAGACUUGGUUUUCCGGGAAACAUUAAGGAAAUAUCCGCCUGGACCCUUCCUAAUGAGAAAAUCAAUGGAAAACUACUGUUUUGAUGAAACUAAGGUCACAAUUCCGAAAGGAACUCUUAUUUGGAUACCAAUAUUUUCUAUUCAUCGAAAUGCCAAGAUUUAUCCAAAUCCAGAUUCAUUUAUUCCUGAAAGGUUUACCGAUGAUGUUAUUCAAACUCGACAUCCCAUGUACUAUUUACCCUUCGGUGAUGGACCAAGAAAUUGCAUUGGCGCUCGGUUUGCAGUCUAUCAAUCAAAACUUGGACUGAUAAAAAUACUUCGCAAUCAUAGAGUUGACGUUUGCGAAAAAACUAUGAUACCAUACGUAAUUGAUCCAACUGCGUUCUUGUUAGCGCCAAAAGGAGGAAUAUACUUAAAGAUAACAAAAGUAGAUGAUUAAUAUAAAGAUUUAAAAACUUUUCAAAGGUAAAGGAGUAGAUAAUAGAAUGAAAUUAUAAUAAUUGCUAUGUGUAAGUGCUGUUAAAUAAAAUAUCUUUAUAAUUUUA